CCGCGUGGGAGCCCCUCCCUCUGCCGCCGCCGCCGGAGAAGUCGGGACAAAGUUUUGGAGCUGGAAGAAGAGAAGGAGAAAAAGAUAGAGGAGGAGGAGGAGGAAAAGAGAAAGGAGGAAGAGGACGAAGGAGAGCUCGCUUCGUCCGCCUUCGGAACUUGGAGCCCCGAAGGAACCCGCCGGAGUUUGGCCUUCCCCCUCCCUCCCUCCCUCCUCUCUUUCUUUCUUUCUUUCUCUCGCUCUCCUUCCCUUUCCCUCCUCCUCUUUCCUUCCUUAUAUUUCCUCCUUUCUCUCUCUUUCCUUUCUCUUUCCUCUCUUUUUCCUUCUCCCUCUUUCCUCCUUCUUUUCUCUCUCUUUCUUCCACAUUUCUCUCGCUCUCCCUCACUUCUCCCCUUUCUUUUUCUCUCCUCCCUCCCUCAAUCUCUUCUUUUCUCUCUACCCCUCCACUCUUUCCCUUUCCUUCCAUAUUUCUCCCGCUUUUUCCUCUUCUUCUUUUCUUCUCUUUCCUUCCCUUCUUCCUCUUCUUUUCUCUCCCUUUCCUUCCUCCCAUACUUCUCUCUCUUUCCUUCGCUCUCGUCUUCCUCUUCUCUCCUUUCUCCUUCCCUCGCUUUCCUUCCUUCCCUUCUUUGCUUGUUCCUCUUCUUUCUCCUUCCUUUCACUCCUUCUCUUUCCUUCUUUCCAUAUUUCCCUCUCCCUACCUCCUUUUUUCCUCUUCUUCUUUCCUUCCUCCAUCUGUCUCUGUAUUUCUCUCUCCCUCCUUCGCUUCAUCCUCUUCUUCUCUCCUUCCUUACUCUUUCCCUUCCUUCCACCCUCUCCCCUUUCUUCCCCUCCUCCCUUCUCUCCAUUUCCUUCUAUCCAUAUUUCUCUUCUUCCUCUUUCCUCCCUCCCUCUUUCCUUCUUUAUUCCCCCCUUCCUCUCCCUCUUUUUUCCUCCUUCUCUUUCCUUCCACAUUUCUCUCUCCCUUCUUCACUUCUUCUUUUCUUUCCUCUCCCUCUUCUUUUUCUCCUUCUCUUUCUUUCCUUCCAUAUUUCUCUCUCCCUCCUUCGCUUCUUCCUCUUUCCUUCUUUAUUCCCCCUCCUCUCCCUCUUCUUUCCCUCCUUCUCUUUCCUUCCUUCCUUAUUUCUCCCUCCCUCCUUCACUUCUUUCUUUCUUUCCUCUCCCUCUUCUUUUCCACCUUCUUUCUUUCUCUUUUCUCUCUCCCUCCUUCGCUUCUUCCCAUACUUCUCUCCUUCCUUCCUCUCUUACUUUCUCUCCCUUUCCUUCUUUCCUCUCCUCUUUCCUUCCACAUUUCUCUCCUCCUUUGCUUCUUCUUCUCCCCCUCCUCCUUUCUACUCUCCUUCCUCUCUCCUUCCUUCCUUCCCUUUGGCCAACAUGUCUUCCAUCCUGCCCUUUACGCCUCCCAUCGUGAAGCGGUUGCUGGGCUGGAAGAAGGGCGAGCAGAACGGGCAGGAGGAGAAGUGGUGCGAGAAGGCGGUCAAGAGCCUGGUCAAGAAGCUCAAGAAGAGUGGGCAGCUGGACGAGCUGGAGAAGGCCAUCAGCACCCAGAGUGGAGGCACCAAGUGCAUCACCAUUCCCAGAUCGCUGGAUGGCCGGCUGCAGGUCUCCCACCGGAAGGGCCUCCCACACGUCAUCUAUUGCCGUCUCUGGCGCUGGCCGGACCUCCACAGCCAUCAUGAGCUGCGUGCCAUGGAAAUGUGUGAAUACGCCUUUAACAUGAAGAAGGACGAAGUCUGUGUAAAUCCGUAUCAUUACCAAAGAGUGGAGACGCCAGUGUUACCUCCCGUCUUGGUGCCGAGGCACACGGAGAUUCCUGCCGAGUUUCCUCCGCUGGACGACUACAGCCAUUCAAUUCCGGAGAACACUAACUUCCCAGCUGGCAUCGAACCUCAGAGCAACUACAUUCCAGAGACCCCUCCACCAGGCUACUUGAGCGAGGAUGGGGAAAGCAGCGAACACCAGAUGAACCAUAGCAUGGAUGCAGGUUCUCCAAAUCUGUCUCCGAAUCCGAUGUCUCCGGCGCACAAUAAUUUGGAUCUUCAGCCAGUCACUUACUGUGAGCCCGCCUUCUGGUGCUCCAUAUCAUACUAUGAGCUUAACCAGAGAGUCGGGGAGACCUUCCAUGCUUCCCAGCCUUCAAUGACUGUGGAUGGCUUCACCGACCCAUCCAAUUCAGAGCGCUUUUGCCUGGGCCUGCUGUCCAACGUCAACCGAAAUGCUGCCGUAGAGCUCACCCGCCGACACAUCGGGAGAGGUGUGAGGCUAUACUACAUCGGCGGAGAGGUAUUUGCUGAGUGCCUGAGCGACAGUGCCAUCUUCGUCCAGUCCCCCAAUUGCAACCAGCGCUAUGGAUGGCAUCCGGCCACCGUCUGCAAGAUCCCGCCAGGAUGUAACCUGAAGAUCUUCAACAACCAGGAAUUUGCUGCUCUCUUGGCCCAGUCUGUGAAUCAGGGUUUCGAGGCUGUCUACCAGCUGACGCGCAUGUGCACCAUCCGGAUGAGCUUUGUCAAGGGCUGGGGUGCGGAAUACAGGCGGCAGACAGUCACCAGCACUCCUUGCUGGAUUGAGCUCCACUUGAACGGCCCGCUGCAGUGGCUGGACAAGGUCCUCACGCAGAUGGGCUCCCCGAGCAUCCGCUGCUCCAGCGUCUCUUAGGCAGGAAAAAGCUGCGGCAUGGAAGCCAAGACUCAGAAAUCUCUGGCUUGGAACAAACUCCAUCAGUCCCUUACCUGAGAGCAAUUUUUUUUCUCCAAUCGUCUGUCUGAAAAACUGGUGGCCAUGAAAAAAGAGAACAUUGGGGUUGUGUCCUUUCCAGCUCAGCUCUCCACGGUGACUGUUCCUUCCUUUCAGUCGAAAAUAAACCCAGUCGGAGACAUCUUGCAUGUGAGAUCAAGGCACUUCACCCAAACUCUAGAUGCAUUAGAGGAAAUGCUUUGAUUUUUUUGCUGUGUCGUGUUGGGGAAUUCUGUUGCCGCCAUAUUAGUCGCUGUCUGCAGCAGUUUUAGGAGGGGAGAGUCCAUGUUUUGGGUUUUCUCCUCUUCCCCACUUGGAUGGAGGACAUCCUCCUGGAACUGCUUGUCAGGAAGGAUCCACCACCCCUUGUCAACAUUCCCAUCAUAAGCAUUGACUUCCUGGGAUCGUUUCUGUUCAACCUUGAGCAGGAAAGCUCUUGGAAAUAACAUCUGACUGGAAGAGAUCCAGAGGCUGUCUUGCAGCAGAGACAGCUUUAAGUUGUCAUUGCAGUGACUUCAAGGUGGUACCUCAUGCCACACCUCAUGCCCACAUUGGGGCAAUUUUUCCCUCUUCUGGAAAUGAUUCAAGAAAGGGAGACCUUGCUGCUUCCUCCAGAGACCUUUGUGGCAUUUGCUAGCUUUCAUGGUCCUCCUCGCAUUGUUUUAAUCCAUUCCUGGAUCAUCCGUAUGACGUGCCAGAGUCCCUGACAGCUAAAGAUGGCCUUGAAGGGGGCAGAUUUCUUUUGGAGAUGACGUUCCACAAAGAGAAAAGCAAAACACUCCUGUUCCAAUGAUUGUCUUGCCUUCAAUGUUUUUUUCUCUUCUGGAAAUGGUUCAGGAAAGGGAGACCUUGCUGCUUCCUCCAAAGGCUUUUGUGGCAUAUGCUAGCCUUGCAUUGUUUUCAUCCACUCCUGGAUCAUCUGCAUAAUGUGCCAGAUCCCCUGAGAGCUAAAGGUGGCUUUGGAGGUUCCAGAUUUCAUUGGGAGAUAAGGUUCCACAAAGAGAAAAGCAAAACACUCAUGUUCCAAUGAUUGCCUUGCCUGAGUUCGGCCAGGAAGCGUGGAUGGGAUUUGGAGAUCUGCAGGCAGCUCGAGUCUCCUGUUUCAUGCAGUUUUCAAGAGCACAGAUUCCUCCAACCCGCCCUGCCCUUCUUUUGCUAUUUCGGUUCAACCAGUCUCUUUGGCAGGACACCUGAGAGUGUCGCUGGCUCUUUAUGUCCAGACUUUGAAAAAAUUGUUUUGGAAGUCCUAAAAGGCUGCAUGCCUGAGAUGGUUCCAGAGAGAAAACCAUUUGGGACACCUUGUGGCCAUUGUAGGACUCAAGAGUACUGAAAAUUCAACCAUGGAAUUUAGGGCUUCAUCUUCACCCCAGUUAUAUUUGCAACCUGGAGUCAGGGGGGAUUCCAGACAUUCAUUUAAAAAGCGCUUUUCAAAAUGCCAUACCUAUUUAGGGCCACAGAGAGUGCCUUUACAUUUCAGGCAAAUAUUUGAAACAAGUCCAUAGCUCCAACUUUGAAAGGACUAGCUGCCAAAAAUUAGGAUUGUAUGGAUUCAUGCGAAAAGGGGUGCCUUCGUGGACACCUAGAAAAAUAAAAAAGGGCCCCAUGCACUGAUUUGAAUUGCUAGAGAAGAGCCAUCACCUCUGUGGGAUGGAAACUUUCAGACAUUGUGUUGAGACAGUAGGUUUGCUUUGGUUGCAGUUCGCUUUUUGCCUAUCGAAUGGGGCUGGUUCUUGCAAGCCUUGGGAAAUUAUACAGGUGUGUUUGUAAAAGGAGAAAGCACCCCCCCCCCCCCCAGAUAAAUAUUUUUGCUCAUUUAAGGAGGAGAACAUUAUUUUUCUGUAUUUUCUUAAGGGGUUGUGCCAAGAACACCCUGUCCUUUGGAUGUCUGUUUGAGUCAUGUAGAUCUUGUAUUCGCCUGCGACAAAAUAGUUUUGCUUGAUGUUUAGAAUCAAAUAACAUGCCCCCUCCCCAACUGUUUUGGAACUGCAACUCCCAGCAUGCUUAGCCACUCACAUUGCUAGAUAGUGCUGCUGGAAGUUGUAGUUCACCAUCAUCUAGAGCAGUGUUUAUCAACCUGGGGGUUGGGAACCCUGGGGAGUCACCGGGGGGUGUCAACAGGAUCACCAAAGGCCAUCAGAAAACACCAGGUCCAAAACACCAGGAGGGCCCAAGUUUGCCCAAGCCUGGUCUAAAGCAUCCAGUAUUCAUUGUUUGUCAAAACUUUGCAGAUACAGGGUACAACCUAGAAAAAAAUAUUUAAGUGCACUUAAGACAUUCCUCUUGGCUGCACCUAUACAUUGUGCCUUGCCCCAGAGAGCAGCUGAGGAGAUGCGCAAAGAGAGGCCCUGUUUGAAAGGUUGAAAAGCACCAUCCUCCAUGAGAGAUAGUUGGAUCAAAUAAGCACAAGAGUGCUGCCCACAUGAUAAUCUCAAGGCACUGCCUUGACUUUUCCCCAUUUUGGCUUACCUGCCCUUUGAGUUUGUAUCAAUGCAAAUGCACAGCUAUUUCCUUGACUAGAAGUGAACACUUUGCAGGCCGUUUGUGGCCCCGGGUUUGUGAGUUGAAUCUCCCAUCUUUAAAAACACCAUUCUUUCCUUGAGGGACUGGCAUAAAGCACUUGAGCCUUGCUGGUUGACUGUCUUGUCGCUUUCGUGUGCCACGUUCCAACUCUAAAAAGAGAAGCCUUUGAGUAAGCAACGUGGAAUCAAGUACAUGUCCUUUCCUCCUUUGAAUAUGUUCUUAGAUUGAGCCACUGGCUCACGGGAAACUGCCCGAUAUUGCAUUCAUGUGCGAUGUGGCCCGUUCUGUCUAUAAGACAACAAACACGACGCAGCUUUCAAACUUGUACAGAACUUUUUUUUAUGUAGCACCAAUGGGAUUGUAUGCAUUAUCCAUACUGGAAUCUUUUAGCUGAACUCAUUUGGCGACUGGGAAAGGACUACCCGACACUUGAGGCAUGCGUGCCUCUUAUACGGCUGCUGGCGGACGUACCCAGGUGGCCUUGACCAACCAUCUCUCUCUCUUUUUUAAUGUGGUUAGUGACAAAACUUAAUCUCUGUGUUGUUUUCAUUAAUGUAUUGAAGAAAGCUGCAGAAUGCAUUAUCCUUACUAUUAUUAUUUUUUCUACUAUUAUUAUUAUUUGCAGAGUUUAAGGCCUGUGCUUUCAAACUUAAUCGGUAGCAAUAAGUUGCAAAAGGAAUGGGGAAAUUCUGUCUUGAGGCCAGCAAGGCACUCAUAUGGGACAGUUGUGAGAAUAUAGGAAUGUGGUUUCGUUGAAAGGCUGCAGCAAAAAUGUGUUUUUGAGGGGAAAACCCAAUUCACGCUCGAACCAUCACUUCCCUGAGACCAGUUUCUGUCAGGAGAGAGGUUGGGUUUGCAAGAAGGAUCUGAAUGGCUUGACUCAAGAGAUUUCCCACUACAUCCAACUACUACGAAGAUUAUUUCUAGGAUAGAGAGAAAUGAAGUAACCCCUUUUAUAUCAAGUAGCAAAUUUCAAUCUGCGUGGGUGAAACGUUUAAUAGUCUUCUCGAUUUCCUUAGUUACACAAUGCUUUUUGUUAAUAAGAGGAAAUAUUUGAAAUUUUGUCUGCAAAAAUAUGUUUUCUGGGGGAUUUGAAGAUUCAUCAAUCUUGAAAACACACACACUAUGGACGAAACUGGAUUUGGACGGCAUCGAACCACAAACUCAAGGGAGAGGCAAAGAGGACCAUUCACUCCAAUUUCUGCAAAGCCAACAGAAAAGGACUGGAUUUUGGGCAGAUUGUGUAUUAUGUCCCUGCAAUAUUGGAGUCUCAGUGGUUGCCCUCACCUCGUUCUAUCAUAUUUGAUACAUACAUCACACUUGCUAUUGGUGCCGCUAUGGAGCAUCUCUUAUUUCAGAUAGGCUUCAGCAAAGGCCCUUGGAAGAGAUUUUGAAAAUCUGGGUCGCAGAAGUAUUCUCUGCAUUCUCUUCUGGAUGACCCAGUGCUCCAUAGUAUUCCCAAAUGGGUUGAUUCUCCUUCCAAGUCCACUUCUCUGCAAAUGGUCAUUCAUUUCAUGCAGCAUUCAAGGCUGUCCUAUGUUGUUUUGACUUAUUUUAAAAUGGGGUUAAUAUUUUGGCUCAUUGAUUUCUCUCUCCAACAUGUUUGUUUCCUUCUUUUAUACCUGAGAUUGGUGCAUUAAUGAACCUUUGCUUGUCCUCUGUGGGUCUUUAGCCCUGCUAAGCUUAUUUUUUAUUAAAAGCCUAUAUCAUCCAUUCCUUA